CCAAUCAUACCGUCGGAUGUCUGCUUAUAUAUGCGAUUAAGAUCGGUUAGUGAUAUUAUUCGAUGUAUAAUAAAUACAUCAUUUCCAAGAAGGUCUGACUGGUAGAUUAGGAUUAUGACAAGGAAUGCGACACCUGUGGUGGAAAGUAAGCGAUCAAUGGAAAAGCCUCCACCAUACGCGAGUUUCCAUUUUGUUUUAGCCUCAUCCAGGAGUUCCCUCCUGACAACUUUCUCCACCAACGGGGCACUCACGCAUGCAUUACGCAAAUAUGAACUUAUAUACAGACACGAGGCUUUAGGGGUAGAGCUCACCGUAAAACAUGGGUGGGAGAACCCCUCUUCUUGUCCUCACCCUUUCUCUUGCUGUUCUGAGCAUUAAGCUUGGGAUUUCUCAUGGCUGCCGAGAGACGGAGAGGAAAGCCCUCAUCGACUUCAAGCGUGGACUUCAUGAUCCUUCCAAUCGUCUCUCUUCCUGGGUCGGGGAGGACUGUUGUGCGUGGGAAGGUGUUGGCUGCAGCAACAUCUCUGGUCAUGUUAUCAAGCUGGAUCUUCGGAAUAGACGACGAAUGGAUCUAUAUGAAGACUGCUCUCAUCAGGAGGUGUACGACUUUUUGGAUGAUGAUCCAGGAUGCAGAUGGGCACUGCGCGGUGACAUAACUUUAUCACUGCUUUCUCUCCAACAACUUAGACACCUGGACCUCAGCGGCAACUAUUUUACGCAUAAACCUAUCCCCAAGUUCUUUGGAGCUUUCAGAAGACUAACAUAUCUUAACCUCUCAGGUGCAGGCUUCGUGGGUAGAGUACCUGACCAGCUCGGAAAUCUAUCCACUUUGCAGCACCUCGACCUUUCUUAUAACUGCUAUGAGGAUGAUGAAGGUGAUGGCUUCUUCUGCUUGUACCUUGAGAACACGAGAUGGAUCUCUAUGCUCACUUCCCUUCGACACCUUAACAUGACUUGUGUCCGGUUUACAAAUGCGGCCAACUGGUUACAAGAUUUGAAUGCACUACCACAAAUACAAGAGAUUGAAUUAAGUUCUUGUGAAUUAGGGACCUUUCCACGUUCGCUGUCUCAUGUCAACUUCACAUCUCUCACCACUCUUGAUUUAGGAUACAAUGAUAUAAACUCCACCGUACCAGAUUGGGUGUUCAAUAUCACUAGCCUCGAGUUCCUUUAUCUUGGUUGGACUGAAAUAUACGGAUUCUUUCCUGAUUCUGUUACGAAGUUGACAUCUCUCAGGGCACUCGACUUGUCUGGGAGUGUGUUCCAAGAUGGCUUCAUGCGAUUAGCUCCUAUAUCCAACCUCUGCAAGCUCCAAAUUCUCAAUCUACGCUAUGUGCCUAUUAACGAUGUGCUUGCCAAUUUAAAAAUGGAUUUCUCUGGAUGUCUUAGGAAUAGCAUGGAGGAAUUGGACCUCAGCGACACCCAGCUGAGUGGUUCCUUUCCGGAUUGGUUAGGGAAUAUCAAGAAUCUAAAAUCUCUUGAUCUUUCUUUCAACUCCCUCUAUGGAUCAGUGCCUGCAUCUAUCGGGAAUCUAUCAUUGCUGCAACAUUUAGUUUUAUAUUCUAAUGAUUUGAAUGGGACGAUUUCGGAAGGCAUCGGACAACUGAAGAGCCUUAUCUAUUUGGAUCUCAGUAGUAACUCGUUGAGCUUAUCGGAGGACGACCUUGCUAAUCUAUCAAGUUUGAAAAUUUUGGACAUUUCAUACAACUCUAUACACUUGAACAAAAGCGAUGAUUGGAUCCCUCCUUUUCAGCUUCAAAGCAUCUCCAUGGAUUUCUGCCAAAUACUGCCCAUUCCCCAUUUUCCGAAAUGGCUCCGAACCCAAACCAUUCUUCGUCAACUACAAUUGUCAAGUGCAGGUAUCAAAGACAUGUUUUUCGAAAGGCUUCCUUCUAGUCUUGAGUAUUUGGAUCUUUCUUACAACUCUCUCCAUGGAUCAUUGCCCGCAUCUCUUGGAAACCUCUCUAUGCUGCGAUAUUUUUAUUUAGGAUCCAACAAUUUGAAGGGGAUGCUUCCGGAAGGCAUCAAAUGGUUGAAGGGCCUCGUAGAUUUGGAUCUCCACGAUAACUCAUUGAGCUUAUCGGAGGACGACCUUGCUAAUCUAUCGAGUUUGAAAUAUUUGGACAUUUCUUACAACUUCAUUGAAUUGGAUAAAAGCGAUGAUUGGAUCCCUCCUUUUCGGCUUCAAAGUCUCUCCAUGGAUUUCUGCCAAAUAGGGCCCACGCCCCAAUUUCCAAAAUGGCUCCGAACACAGACCACUCUUCGUCAACUAGAUUUGUCAAGUGCAAGUAUCAAAGACAUGUUUUUCGACAGGCUUCCUUCUAGUCUUGAGUAUUUGGAUCUCAGAAAUAAUUCUUUAUCUGGACAUCUUCCUCCAAAAAUAUUAAACAUGAUGCCAAGACUCAAAUAUUUGUAUCUCUCCAACAACAAGAUUACUGGAGUAAAAGACAUGAUUCUCGAUGGGCAUCCUUCUUGUCUUGAGCAAUUGGAUCUUUCUUAUAACUCUCUCCAUGAAUCACAACUUGUAUCUCUUGGAAACCUCUCUAUGCUACACUAUUUGAUUUUAAGUUCCAAUUAUCUGAGUGGGAUGUUUCCGGAAGGCAUCAAACGGUUGAAGGGCCUCGUCUAUUUGGAUCUCUACAAUAACUCAUUGAGAUUAUCGAAGGACGACCUUGCUAAUCUACCAAGUUUGAAAUAUUUGGUCAUUUCAUACAACUCUAUAUACUUGAACAAAAGCGAUUAUUGGAUCCCUCCCUUUCAGCUUAACACCCUUCUCAUGGAUUUCUGCCAAAUACUGCCCAUGCCCCAAUUUCCAAAAUGGCUCCGAACACAAACCACUCUUCGUGGAUUAUAUUUAUCAAAUACAGGGAUCAAAGAAACGAUUCCCAACUGGCUUCCAUUCGGUCUUGAAUAUUUGUAUCUAUCCGAUAACAAGAUUACUGGUGAGAUACCACAAUUCCUUCCAAAAUUAAAUUAUUUAUUUCUAUCAAAUAAUUCAUUCUCAGGGAAUCUUUCACCCAGAAUCACAAAUACCAUGCCAAGCUUACAAUGGUUCGAUCUAUCUAUGAAUAAUAUGAGUGGUGAGAUUCCCUUUUCUUAUUGUCAAUUGAGGAAUUUGGAAGGGCUUCAGCUUUCCGAAAAUAAUUUGUCAGGAGAGGUUCCUAAUUGCUGGAAAAAUUCUUCAAAUUUACUUCUUUUAGACUUAUCAAGCAACAAAUUAGUAGGUGGAGUCCCUGAUUCGCUAUGUAAUUUGCAAACGCUAGAGUCGCUGCACUUGAGUCACAACAAUUUAUCCGGGCCGAUUCCUCAUUGUUUAAAGAGUUGCACAGAACUAUCGACUCUCGACUUGGGCCACAACAACUUUAUCGGGAAUAUACCAACUUGGAUUGGAGAAAGCCUAUUAUACCUAAAGACACUUAGCUUACGCUCCAAUGUCUUCACCGGCAGCAUUCCUCAAUUAUCUUCUCUACCAUAUCUUCGUAUCUUGGAUCUCUCCAACAACAAUCUUUCAGGAACGAUACCACAGAGCUUUGGGGACUUCAGUGCGUUAAAAAAUGCUCCUACGUAUCAGUGUUGUUACUUCAACAAUGAUAGUCUCUCUGUGGAAGAUAUGUGGCUCUUUAUAAAAGGAAGUGAAAUCAAGUAUACUACCUCCAGACAACUUUCAAUUGAUACACUUAUUGAUCUCUCCAACAAUUACUUAUCUGGAAACAUCCCUGAAGAAUUGGGGAAUUUACAUGGAUUGCGGAGCUUAAAUCUAUCCGGAAAUUACCUUAUAGGUAAGAUACCAAGAAGCAUCGACGGAACGAAACAACUAGAAGUUCUCGAUCUCUCAAGAAAUAAUCUCUCGGGUGCAAUUCCUUUUUUGGACCAUUUGAAUUUAUCAUAUAACAAUCUUUCAGGAAGCAUUCCCACUGGCAACCAAUUACAAACUUUUACUGAUCCAUCUAUCUACGUUGGUAAUCUAUAUCUUUGUGGCCCUCCUUUAUCCACAAAUUGUACGAUGAAUAUAGCGAAGGCCAUUAAAGAAGAGCAAAAUAGAAACACUUUGGUUAUAUACGAGCAUCAUGCUAGGAUUUAUUAUCGGAUUUUGGGCGAUUUGUGGAAGUCUUUUGUUGCGACGGACAUGGAGGAUCGCGUACUUUCGCGCCAUUGAUAACAUGUGUGACAAGCUAUACAUGGUGAUGGUAGUGACCGUGGCAAAAUACAAAAGGAAGCUAUGAUAACUCAUCCGACUUAAGCAAUAGCAAUGGCAUGGGUAUCAAUUAGUAUGUGAUACACUCAUGGUUUGCAUGUCUUUUAAUAACACACCGUCACAUGAUGUUUGUCUACAUAGUUGUUUGUCAAAACUUUGUCAUCAAAAUAUGAGUCAUCUGCCUAUGGUUUAUGAGUUGUUAUUUACUUCAUGCGGCAGUGGUUAUGGUGUUCAUAUCUAUGCUUGUAAGGUGAUUCAUAACCUAAUUAACAAAUUCUAA